ACGUGUCACUGUGCAGGAAAACCUCAAACAACCAGAAAAAUGGAAGAAGAAAUUGCCGCACUCGUCAUUGACAAUGGCUCUGGUAUGUGCAAAGCCGGCUUUGCUGGAGAUGAUGCUCCCCGUGCUGUCUUCCCCUCAAUCGUUGGUCGCCCAAGACAUCAGGGUGUCAUGGUUGGCAUGGGUCAGAAAGACAGCUACGUAGGUGAUGAAGCCCAGAGCAAGAGAGGUAUCCUGACACUGAAGUACCCCAUUGAACACGGCAUUGUAACCAACUGGGAUGAUAUGGAGAAGAUCUGGCACCACACCUUCUACAACGAGCUGCGUGUCGCCCCUGAAGAACACCCAGUCCUGCUCACAGAAGCCCCCUUGAACCCCAAAGCCAACAGAGAAAAGAUGACACAGAUCAUGUUCGAGACCUUCAACACCCCAGCCAUGUACGUUGCCAUCCAGGCUGUGCUGUCCCUGUAUGCCUCUGGUCGUACCACUGGCAUCGUGAUGGACUCUGGUGAUGGUGUGACCCACACAGUGCCCAUCUAUGAAGGUUAUGCCCUGCCCCACGCCAUCCUGCGUCUGGACUUGGCUGGUCGUGACCUGACAGACUACCUCAUGAAGAUCCUGACCGAGAGAGGCUACAGCUUCACCACCACAGCCGAAAGAGAAAUUGUGCGUGACAUCAAGGAGAAGCUCUGCUAUGUCGCUCUUGACUUUGAGCAGGAGAUGGCCACCGCUGCCUCCUCUUCAUCCCUGGAGAAGAGCUACGAGCUGCCCGACGGUCAGGUCAUCACCAUCGGAAACGAGAGGUUCAGGUGUCCAGAGGCCCUCUUCCAGCCAUCCUUCUUGGGUAUGGAAUCAUGCGGCAUUCACGAAACCACAUUCAACUCAAUCAUGAAGUGCGAUGUAGAUAUCCGUAAGGAUCUGUAUGCCAACACUGUGCUGUCUGGAGGUACCACCAUGUACCCUGGCAUCGCUGACAGAAUGCAGAAGGAAAUCACUGCCCUCGCCCCUAGCACAAUGAAAAUUAAGAUUAUUGCACCACCUGAGCGCAAGUACUCUGUCUGGAUCGGUGGCUCCAUCUUGGCCUCCCUCUCCACCUUCCAACAGAUGUGGAUCAGCAAGCAGGAAUAUGAUGAAUCCGGCCCAUCCAUCGUCCACCGCAAAUGCUUUUAAACGGACUGCUAGCAGAUGCGCGUUGCAUUUGCUGCAUGAGUUGUUCAAAGUGUUAAAAAUUUGCUCCGGCAAAUGUGUACGCCUCAUGCUAGCCUCGUGAAACUGGAAUAGAGCCAACUUCCAAACGAACUUGCCCUCCGAAUGUGAGACACUCUAAGUCACCUGUCGUUGGGGGAUAUAUUUUUUUUUCUUUUGUAAAGCAAGACUUGGAACUGUCUCUUCGAAAAAAACUAUUCCUGUGGUGUCAGUGCUAGCAUAUACCCUGUACACACCUCUGAUACAAAACUCCGCUUGGCAUUCGCUCUCGGGUGUCUCCUCUUUAAGCUAAUGUCUAAGAAUGCAUUUCUGUGAAAGGCUGCCGAUCUGCGACAGUAUUGUGAAUGACACUUCUCCUGGCGCUCAGGGGGAAGUCGAAGUGGGAGGUGUGUACAGGGUAUCUCGAGGUUUAGGCUUCCAGAUAACCAAUUUUUUUUUUUCUUCUAAAGCGCUUGAUAUUCCCAAAUUUCAUGUCUGAGGCUGGUAGGAGUUCAUGAAGGAAUUCUCACUCCUGUCUUGCUACGCUCUUUUCUAGUAUGGCUGGAAGAACAGCGUCCAGGCCUCAGAACCAGGUUUUUGUUUCCUAGCCCACUUUGUAUUCCCAGCAUCCAUCACGGGUCUGAAGAAGUUACAACUUAUUGCAGUUACACCUGUAAAUUUUUUCAUCCGAGUUAAUUUAUGUAAAUUUUUUUGUAUGUUGCCUUAAUGUUCUCACAUGACAGUAGACAAACCAAAAUUUGUAAGUCAUCCUGAAGUUUGAAAAAUUUGUAACUCCCAGAAACACUUCAUUGUGUAAGGAAAAUAAAAGCGCUGCAGUAAAUAGA